ACUGUUCUACUCCUACUCCGUUGCUAUGCGCUAUCAUCUGCCUGCGCUGCUGCCCGCUACUUCUUUUUUAUUGACUUGCACUCUUGCCUACUGCUCUGCAUCGGAUUUACUCUCGUUUUAUCAUGUCUGAUUUUAGACCUCCAAUUGGAACCACCAUUAAGCUGAAUGGUUCCAACUAUAUGCUUUGGUCUCGUGCUUUUCUCCUAUUUUUGUGAUCACAGAAGAAGAAAAGCCAUGUUCAAACUGCCCCGCCUGCUACUACAGAUGCCAACUACGACACUUGGUGUGCCGAUGACUGCUCCGUCAUGACUUGGCUUCUCAAUAGCCUAGAACCAGCCAUCAGUCAAAAUAUCAUGUGCUUGGAUAGUGCCAAAGCCAUGUGGGAUGCUCUACGGGAGAUGUUCUUCAAUGACAAAAACGUUUCUCGGGUAUUUGAAUUAUAUGAGAAACUUUUCUCUCAUACUCAGGAUACUCAGUCAGUCAAUGAUUACUUCUCUACCUUGAAAGGCCUUGCUGAUGAGAUCUUAGUUUAUCAUCCUCUUUCCUGUGAUGCCACAACAAGAGCAAAACAAUGGGAGGAAUUCAUGGUAGCAAAAUUUUUGUCAGGUCUUAAUGCUGAUCUCCAGCCACUUCGAGAUAGCUUAAUGGCUAGUGAUGACAUCCCAACCUUGUCUAAUGCGUUGUCUCGCGUUCUUCGUGUCUCCACCGGGCGUACGGAAUCCACCUCGUUUGAUAAUUCAGCUAUGUCUGCUCGCGGUCGAGGUUCGUAUGGUGGACGUGGCCGUGGACAGGGACGUGGCCGAGGUCGAGGACGAGGGUUUCAUGAUCGACUAUGUGAUCAUUGUGGUCGUUCGAAUCAUGAGUCUGAUAAGUGUUGGAAGAAGUUUGGCAAACCAGAUUGGGCUAAUAACAUUGAGUUUGCUGCGCCAAGUUCUUCAUCUACUACUACUGAUGCCUCUACCUCUGUAGCUGCGUUUGCUGUGUCUCCUGGACCUGCAGACGAAGAGGACGGUUGGUGGAGGACAUGAGCGUGGCGGUCUGUACUACUUGGAUAAUGUUUCACCUGUCUCUCCUAGUGCUCUCUCUGCUGCUGUGUCUCCAUAUCAGUGGCAUUGUCGUUUUGGUCAUCCGUCUUCUGCUAGUCUUCGUAGUUUAGUUCCAGUUGCGUCUGUUGAUUUUAAUUGUGAGUCAUGUGAGUUGGGCAAACACCAUCGCACUUCCUUUCCUUCUCGAGUCGAGACUCGUAGCUCUUCUAUUUUUGAUUUAGUUCAUUGUGAUGUUUGGGGUCCGAGUAGGAUUGAGUCCAGAGGGGGUUUCAAGUAUUUUCUAAUUCUUGUUAAUGAUUAUUCCCGUAUGUCAUGGUUGUAUUUGCUUAAACACAGAAGUGAAGUCCCUACUGUUCUAAAAUCUUUUUAUCAUGAAAUAAAGACCCAAUAUUCUGUUGA